AUGGCCCAGAGCGGGACAGGGUUGGGUACCGGGUUAGACUACGCCGCAGUCGCCGAACGCCUCGGCCUAACGGAGGGAACCGUCCGGAACGCCUGGACGGGCAUCAAGAUGGUGAUCGCCGCCUUUGACGCGGGGCACCGCGAGAGAUGCCGCUGUCACUCAAACCCCGACGACGACGAGGAGGAGCAGGAUGAGAAUGAAGAUGACAACGACGACAAAGAUGAUAUCGCACCCCGCGCGGAGGACGAGGGGGAUGAGGAGGGAUACGACUCCGGUAACGAGUGGGAGGAGAAAGGCGAAGAGCAUAGGGGAGAGGAAGUGAAGGAGGACGAAGAGCACCCCGGCCGGCCCCUCAAGAUCGUGCUCAAGCGGCAGCAAGCACUCAGGCGGUGCCACCACUUUUUCCUCGAUUUUGGACUUGACAAAGUCGAGGAGCACGCGCUCGCGUUGCAUCAUCCAGUUGACAGCUCCUUCUGGCUCGGCCUUAGUUCGUGUUCCACCCUGCCCCUGCGCUUCUCCAUGUCCCGGCAGAACCGGGGAAGGCCAUCGCUGGGUGAGGCCCUACAUAAAACCUUUUACCCCAGAGCGAAGACAUACGAAAGAAUGGUAGUCUAA